AUAAUAUAAACUUUAGGCGUGUCGGCGUCUGUUUUAUAAUGCUUUAAAGAAAAUUGCAUUAGAUAAACAUUUUUGUUACAAUAUUCUUCAAUGAUAGAAAUCUAAUGUAUUAAAAAAUGUACUUCCUAUCUUAAAAUGUUGAAGGUACAAAAGAUUUCAUACAUGGAAAAUGUCCGCAAAAUUCUGUGAGCCUGAUGCACCAUUUUAUAACUUUAUAGUUUCAAUUUUCCGAUUAAUACAUUACGUAUAAAUGUAUACACAUGUGCGUGGUGUUUAGUUAUCAGUGGAAGAAGGUAUGUUCUUAUGGGGUAACAGGAGGAAGGUAGCCUUUGUCGGGGAAUGGAGACGGAGAGCGUAAAAUCGGGGGCUAGCGAGCAUAGCCAUAGCCAUCAUAGCAGAACUUCUCAAAAACAUCAUCGUACUCAUAGUUCUAAAUCUCAUCACAGACAACACUCGCACAGAAGUACCAGGACCAAUCGCAGUCAGAAGAAAGAGAGACAUAAUUUAGACUCCACUGAAAUGGCACCUUUUCAAACAACUGUUAAUGUUAGAGGUGAUAGCGUUGAUAAUUUAGGUCAAGAAGUUAUAGAAGUUCAGAUUCUACCUCAGGAUGAAAACUGGGGUGAAAAUACUACAGCGGUUACUGGAAACACAUCUGAUAGAUCUGAAUCAACUGAAGAUGUUAGUCAUUGGCCAAGUGACAAUGAGGGAUCCUUUGGUUCCUGUAAUCGAUUUAUGGGGCCUAUUGUAGCAAUGAUACUUGGACUGAGUGCUUUUCUCAGUCCAAUAACUAUGGUUAUACUGCCUAAACUUGGAUUUUUUCCUGACUCUACAACUGUUCUAACAAUGCAACAAAAACUACAGUUACUGUCAUGUAAUGCUGAAUGCAAAGGCCAGUUGUUAGGUUUAGCUUUCAAGUUGGUGCUAUUAGGUAUUGGAAGCUGGGCUGUGUUUUUACGUUCAAGAAAUGCUACCAUGCCGCGUAUAUUCUUAUUCAGAGCAGGUGUAUUGCUUCUCACCACAUUAUGUAUUUGUACUUAUUGGCUAUUCUAUGUUGUUCAGGUUACAGAGAGUGCUAAGACAGCUGCUAAUGGUGAAAUAACAGAGUACAAAAAUUUAGUAAAUUAUGCUGGCACUCUUGCAGAUACUCUACUCUUUAUUCAUUAUGUUGCUAUAUUAUUAAUUGAAAUUCGCCACCAACAACCUAUGUUUUAUCUUAAAGUUGUAAGGUCGCCAGAUGGCGAAUCACGAUCUUACGCAAUUGGACAAUUAUCAAUACAGCGAGCAGCAGUUCGGGUAUUAGAAAGAUAUUACACGGAAUUUCCCAUUUAUAAUCCAUAUUUAGAAAGAUUGCCAGUUUCAAAAUCUGGUAGAAAACAAUCAAGCUUCAAAUUUUAUGAAGUUGAUGGAGGAGUAACUGGUGGUGUUCAAUCGCGAGGAGGUAGCGGUGAUAGAGCAGUAAUAACGACUCAAACUCGUCGUAGAGAUUCUAGCCACAAUGAACGAUUUUACGAAGAACAUGAUUAUGAACGUAGAGUAAGAAAACGCAGAGCAAGACUAAUCACUGCCGCUGAAGAAGCAUUUGCACAUAUUAAACGUUUGCACUCAGAAGUUGAGUCGACUCCAAAUUCAGGUCCCAUGGAUCCUAUGGAAGCUGCACAAGCAGUGUUUCCAUCUAUGGCAAGAGCACUGCAGAAAUACUUGAGGGUUACUCGACAACAACCACGUCAUUCUGUUGAGUCCAUUUUAACUAGACUUGCACGAUGUUUGGCUCAAGAUGCAGCACCACGCGCAUUUUUGGAACCUUUCUUCGUAACCAGUCCUGUUUUAUCAAAUGAGAAAGAGAGGCAGAAACGAUCGCAUCAUUGGGCUUUAGUCUGCGAGGGAGAAUUACCUUCGCGACCGCUUGCUAAUGGCUGCGAAUUUCAAUUAAGACAAGGUGAAGUAGCGCUUCUAUGUACAGUAUACCACUUACCCCAUUUUCACCUUACCGAACAACUCGCACAUCCUAAAUCUAACAAAUUUUUAUUAAGACUAAAUUCCGAAACGUCGGUCUAACAGCCUAAAACAGAUAGCUCAGUUUUUGUAUUUUUUCCAAGGGGUGGGAGAGAUAAUUUACAGCCUGAUAUUUGUAUUCUUAACGAAUACAAAAGUUACUAAAUAUCAAUAACUUUUUUAUUGUAUAUAUCUGAAAAAAAAUAACGUAAUAGUGUAUCUAUAUUGUGAAUUAUAGCAAAAAA